AUCGUUCAACUUCCGAGUCAAAUGCGUUAGUCCUAAAUCAAAAUACGGAGAAUCUAAGGAGUUAGCAAGCGACUUUGUGGUGUUUUAAUGACAUUUAUUAUUUUGGAUUUUAAAUCCAGAAGCGUAUAGUAACAGAUGGCAGGUUUACCCCCCGGAGACCCGCAGUUGGUCUCUAUGAUCGUCAAUCAUUUGAAAACGCAAGGUCUUUUCGAUCAGUUUAGAAGGGACUGCUUGGCAGACGUGGAUACAAAGCCUGCAUACCUGAAUUUAAGACAACGAGUGGACAACUUUGUUUCCAAUCACCUCUCUAACCACACAUGGAGUCCUCAUCUGAACAAGAAUCAGUUGAGAAACAACAUCCGACAGUUGGUGCUGCAGUCUGGGAUGCUGGAGCAGGGAGUUGACAGGAUAGUUGCUCAGGUGGUGGAUCCCAAAAUCCAUCACACCUUCAGGCCCCAGGUGGAGAGGGUGGUCCGUGAAUUCAUGUCCCCUGGCAGCUAUGUUGAUGAACCCCCAGUCCCGCCUGCUCCUGUAGAGGAGAAACAAGACUUUGACCUGCCAGUGCAAGCUCCAUCAUCUGCCCCUACUACUUCAAUGGCCAGAGAUGCCAUGUCCAUCCUGGAUACCAUCACCACUCUGAACCAGGAGGCCAGCUCCCGGGCCAGCUCCAGUGGAGAGAAGGGCCUGAAGGGUGGCUCUGAGAGGGACCAAGACCCAGAGGAGUCGAUGCAGGAGUCUGAAGGAGGAGAGCAGGACAUGAGUCUGGUGGAGGAGGGAGAAGAGGACCAGGACAGGAAGACACCAGAGAAAGAAGAGGAAGCGAAGCUUGUGUCAGAGGCCCAGGCUAUGGAGGUCAAAACAGAGGACGUACAGGAGCAGGUGGACUCUGAGAGAGAGGGGAUGAAGGGUGAGGGGGAAGAGGUUGGGACUCAAGAGGAGGCAGAAGAGAGAAAGGAGGGGAAGACCAUAGGAAAGCUAAAAGAUGAGGUACUGAACAAGGAUGUUGAUCCACUUCAGUCCCCCAAUGAGAAACACCAUAUCAAUCAGAAGGCCAGAGAGAGGUUAAAAGAAGAAUAUUCUCUGGAAGACUCCGACCUUGAUGGCCUCAGUGACAUCACUGUGAGCUCUGUCCACACCAGCGACCUGUCGUCCUUUGAGGAGGACAGCGAUGAUGAGCAGCCACUGUCAGAUUCUACAGAGGACGGCGAGGUCUCAUCUGAAGAUGAAAAGUCUGAGAAAAAGAAGACCAAUAGAGAGGAAGACAAUGAGGAGAGCCCAGAGCGCAAGCCUCGUCGACAGGCCUACGUCCACAAGCCCUUCCUCUAUUCCCGUUACUAUAGCGACUCUGACGAUGAGGUUACUGUGGAGCAGCGUCGGCGGUCAGCGGCCAAGGACAAGGAAGAGAGGCUUUUAAAGAGACAGCAGAACAGGGAACGCAUGGAGGAGAAGCGUAGACAGAAGUCAGCUCAACUAGAAGACCAGGAGAGCAGGCAGCAGACCUCUUCCCCCAGCCUGGAGGCUCAGGAUCCCAGGGCCAAAGAGGCUCUCAAGGAAAAGAAGGUUCUUGAGAAGAAGAUGGCCCUCAGUAGGAAGAGGAAAUGGGACUCACGGAAAGAGGGAGAUGUUACAGGCAAGAGAAAGGGAGAUGCAGCAGGAGAGUUCAACAAAAAGGAAGAAGCAAAGGGUAUUUCCUCAAAGAGCUUGCAGCACAAGUUAAUCAGAAAAGUCUCUGAGUCUGCAGCAUCAGAAGAGAGGCACAGGAGGAAGAGUGUCAGCACUUCUGAGGAAUCUGGAGAACCUAGAAAGCUGGCAGACAAAAGCCGUACACAUUCCUUUAUCCUGGACUUGGAGCAGGGAUCUGAGUCACCACUCAAACAGCGAGCUGCUGGAAAGUUUGACCGGCUUUCCCGCAAAGAGUUAAACCCUAAAGAGCGCAAGGAGAAAGAGUGUAGCCUGUCGGACGAGCGCUCCAAGCUUAAGCAAAAGUUGGAGAAGAGAGUAGUAAGUGAAUCCCACACAGAUGAACCUGAGCAGAAUGAAGGGGCCCACAUUGAAGUAUCUGAUGACAAAGGGGAGAGAAAGUCCAAGGUGAAAGGUGACAAGAAAGUGUCAGUGAAUGCCAGGGAAGGUAGGACAUCUGUGUCAGAAGGAGGUGUCUCUGACGAAGGGGCUAGCAAGGAAGCCACAACCAAGAAGGGGAAGGCUCCAUCAGUUGAAGCUGCCAAAGUUGAGAAGGACAGAGAGAAGGAAAAGAACAGGGAAAAUGAGAAGGAAAGGGAGAGAACCAAAGCAGAGAAGAUUCCAUUAAAAACUGACCCUAGGCAGUUACUCCGUCCGGAUUCCACCGGCUCUUCUGAGGAAAGGUCUGAUAUGGAGCCUGGAUCAGAAAGCAUCAAGAAAAAGGACAAACACCCUAAAGAAGUCCUCAAGAGGUCAAAGAGCCACACAGAGGACAAAUAUGUAGAAAAACCAAAGUCUAAGCCAGACAUUGAGAAGGAGAAACCCAGAACAGAACAUGUUACUCAGGAAAACCAGAAACCAAGUAAGUCCAGCUCUGAAACUGACAAAGACUCCAGAAGGUCCAGGGAGACAGAGCCUGGAAUGAAGGUAAAGAUCAUGGAAAAGUCCAGAUCCAAGUCAAGGGAGGAUAAGAAAGCUCAAUGUUUGGAGGUCAAAAACAAAGGUAGCACAUCAGGCAGUAGACCUGACGCAUCAAAGGAAAGAAAAAGAGAGGGAAGCAUGAAGGAGCAAAGGAAAGACACUCAGGAAAACCCACCAGAGAAAAUGGAAGGCAGGAGUGGGAAGAAAAUGCUUGAUAAAAAGGCCCAAAACCCAGAGAAGAAAGAGACCCAGGAUGAGAGAAAAGGACGUAAAGCAGAUGAAAAGUCGGAUAAGUCCUCAAUCUCCUCACCUGCUAUUACGGAACCUCCUCUGAAGAAAUGCCCUCAAUCCAAAGACUCAAGCACAGACUGGGAUCCCACCGAUGCCACCAUUACCACCUCUGCCUCUGUUACCUAUGAUGCUUUGAGUGACGUCACCCCUGAACUGGAGGAGGAUGACAGUGAAAUGCCACUCGGUGAGGUGGAACCACGUCCUUUGACAACUGGGGCAGAUGCUCUUCUGACUUUGAUGGACAUCUGUACCUCAGCAGAUGCAAGACUAGGCCAAGGAAGUGACAUCACAGGGGCCAUGCAGCGAGAGGCCUGCCCAGAGCUCUCCUUCCAAGAAGCAGACAUAAAGAUGAAAGAGGCAGCUCUGACCCUGCUCUCCAUGGACCCUGAGAGUAUACUAUCUCCUACCUUAGUCACUCCAGCUACACAGGAAGUCACAGAGGCAACCAUACCUGCUCUGCAGCAGAAGGAAACUACUAAACCUGUUGCAAAAGAUCAGGAAGAUUCUGAGCAUGUUCUGGAAAUGGACGAAAGUGAUCUAACAGCUACUGCCUCAUCAGAGAAAAUGGAUGUACAGUCAAGGAGCCAAGUCGAUGUUCUGGCCACAGAUAUUCUCGACACAGGGGGGAAAGAUACGGUGGUGUCAACAUGGACAUUAGUUGAAGGGAUGUCUCAGGAAAAUAAAUCUACUGUUGACAGAGAUGAGGAAAAACCAGGCCAUGCUGAUGUUGUUCCUGAGCAAGAGCCCGUAUUGGGACCAUCAGUCGACAAACAAUAUGAGACUCAGACUGAGAAGACAAAACUGCUGGCCAUGGAUCAUGAGUGUCCGGUUAAGAUGGACAUUGAUAACAUUAAUAAAGACCAGACUGAAGCACAAGAGGAAAAUGGAGUCACUGAGUCUGGGAAGUGUGACACACCUGAAAAACCAAGGGAGACUCGACGUGGUCGGCCAUCAAAGCUGGUCAAACAAGCCAGUGAGUCUCUGAUGAGCUUUAUGCAAUCCACAGGCAAUGCAUCCAAGUCAGACGGACAAGAGGACGAGAAAGGGUCCGACCUGUCUGAAAUGGAGGACAAAAUGGAGGGAAGAGUAACCCGCAAAGGAAGGCUAUCCGGUCAGAAAGCUACCACGGCCAAAGACUCCGGUAUGGAGAAAAAUGAGAAGGACAGUCGAGAGCAGCAGUCCAAGCUGGCUGUGGAAGUGAGUAAAGACAAUGCGGGUGAUAAGGCCACAGAUUCCAGAACGCCACGCAGAGGACGCUCGUCUAAAACCUUUGCAGAUGAGGAGGAACUUAAAGAGCCUGAGAAAGUGGAGGAGACCCCGCCUCGCAGAGGCAGACGGUCAGGUGCCCAGGCCAAAGACUCCACCACAGGAAACGAGGAGAAAGAGGAGGAAGAGAAAACAGGAGAGACAUCAUCGGAAAAGCCAAAGGAGAAACAGAUUCAGCCCCCUCUUCAAAAAGAUGAGGAGGAGGAGAAGAGUGAGCAGAAGAGAGGCAGUAGACAGGGAAGACCAGCUAAACCUCCAAUCUCCAAGCAAAAGACAAAUGAAGAUGCAGAAAGCUCUCUUUCCAAGGAGCCCACUGAUACUCGCAAACCUGCAGUGAAGAGGAAGAGGUCUGAGGAAUCUGGGGAGGGGACCCAGCCUGAGGAGGAGGGGACCCAGCCUGAGGAGGAGGGGACCCAGCCUGAGGAGGAGGGGACCCAGCCUGAGGAGGAGGGGACCCAGCCUGAGGAGGAGGGGACCCAGCCUGAGGAGGAGGGGACCCAGCCUGAGGAGGAGGGGACCCAGCCUGAGGAGGAGGGGACCCAGCCUGAGGAGGAGGGGACCCAGCCUGAGGAGGAGGGGACCCAGCCUGAGGAGGAGGGGACCCAGCCUGAGGAGGAGGGGACCCAGCCUGAGGAGGAGGGGACCCAGCCUGAGGUGGAGGGGACCCAGCCUGAGGUGGAGGGGACCCAGCCUGAGGUGGAGGGGACCCAGCCUGAGGUGGAGGGGACCCAGCCUGAGGUGGAGGGGACCCAGCCUGAGGUGGAGGGGACCCAGCCUGAGGUGGAGGGGACCCAGCCUGAGGUGGAGGGGACCCAGCCUGAGGUGGAGGGGACCCAGCCUGAGGUGGAGGGGUCCCAGCCUGAGGAGGAGGGGAUGCAGGAAAGUCACCUGAAGGAACAAGAGGAGAAACCCCAUGGAGAGGAUAGCGUGAGCCAGUCUGACGACCCGGAGAAGGGGACAGAAGAGGGCUCCAGUGAUAACAAAACAGAUGAGGGUGAGGAGGACAAAGACACGCCUCAGAAGAAACCUGCUCGUAGGGGAAGGCCGUCGAAGGGAGCAACAUUGACGUCAGAGGAACCGGAAAAUACCGUAUCUGAGAAGACCGACAAAAAGCUAGACAAGAAAGAGAGCGAACAAAAAGAGGAUGAAGAGGAGGAAGAGACGCCCAAAUCCAGAACUGCGACUCGAGCUGCUGUUCGCCUUGAAGCUGAGAGGAACAAACCAAGGAAACCUUCCACCCGAGCUCGAGGUGAAGAGGAGAACCCAGCAAACACACGUGGGAUGAGAGGACAGGCCUCGGCGUCAGCUAAGGCAGGGGGGCGUAAACGUGAAGCCAGCCCCCCAACAGUGCGCACCAGAGGUGGACAAAAAUCUGAGGAGCCCCCUUCCAAAAAGACCAAGCGAUGAACAAAUACCUGCUUUCCCCAAGCCCAGGUAUUAGAAUAUUCACAGCGCUGUUGACAUAUGAGUUUUUUGAGUUUGAAAUGCUUCUUUGUUUUUAGAAACACUUCACAUAAUACAUACCGGUAUUAAUUUGAACAGAUCUGAACCUCUCCCCUCUAUUCAAGCCUGUGGAUGUGUUGGAUAGGAACAUUUGGGGAUGGCAUGACAGUAUGGUCUAGCAGUGGUGGUCCUCCAAACAGUCACCUGACCUGGAUUUAGCUCAUGGUGCUUUCCAUUUCUAUACAGUAUUAUAGACCCUUCACCAUAGACCCAUAUGUUUUAGAUUGCACUGGUCAUUUAAAGAUGUUAGCUAAUAAUAUCUCAUGAAACGGAGCAUUAGAGACCAAUCAAAGGUCUUAUGUGGAGAGCCUCAUUGACUUUAAUCCUAGGACAAAACACUGGAAAUUCUUUGUCACUGACAAAUCAAAUUCUGUCUGUGUUGGUCACUCCAAGGAUUUGCCUUCGUGCAGGCAUAUGUCCUUUGGUUCCUGCAUCACGUUCAAGGGUUUUAUAUUUCUUUGACCUAUAGAUACAUUUUGAUAUCAUUCAUAUAGAAUUGUAUAGAAGUUAUUAACCUGGGUAUAGUCUCAUAAGUACUUUUACAAUUUGUGUUAUGUUUUUGCUCAUUAUUUCCGUACCCAGAAGCCUCUUCCUGUUACUGGACUUGAACAUGGAAGUAUCCAUUCUAUGAAUGUAAAGGAGGUGUUUGUCUUCUCCCUGUGUUUUUUUUCUUCUGUUAUUUAGUUUUUUACUACACAGAUUUGUCUGUGCUCCUAACUACUUUCCCCAUUAAGUGAUUUCUAUUUGGUGAUUUUUGUAAUGUGUGCUCACAGAGCUUAUGCCCUGUUGUCAGUAUUGGAAGAGAUUAAAUCCCUUUCAAAUGGUGAACAA